AUGCGGGUUCGUCGAAGCGAGAAUGAACUCCAGGCCGCGAAAGACCAAAUAGCUUUCCUCGAGCAUCAGCUGGUGACAGUGCAAAAGUCUAAGAGCAAGUUAGAAUCGGAACUCUCCACGCUGGCCGACGAGACCACGACACCCAACUCAUUAGCCAAAGUCCGUCGUGAAUAUGAGUCUAGAAUCUCGCAACUGCAGGACGACCUUGAGCAAGCGCAGGCCGCACAGUCCACCGCGAAUCGCAUCAAGGACCUUGUGGACCGUCAGCAUGCAGAGAUCCGCAAGCUUAUACUUCAAGGCGCUCCCCAUGACGACGCGUUUCGCUCUCGUCUUCUACAGGAGCUUCAGCAGACAGAGAAGGGACUAUGCAUGGAGUUUAGCAAUCGUGCGCUGCAGUUCCGUGAUCCAGGCAGUUCAGGUGUGCGGUCAGUCACCAGCACGCCUACGAAAUCAACGAAUAAGCCUCUCAAUGGUAUAAUCCGUGGUAUGAAGGAAGUACCUGAAGCUCCAAGGACGCCGGACCACCAAGUCGAUCGCUUGAAGCAGCAAGUAACAGUGUUAGGACUCCAGAUGGCUGCAAGCGAAAGGGUUCGACGACAGCUUGAGGCUUCUCUCAGGGACUUGACUGCCGAGCUUGAAUCACUUGACGGGUCUAGGCAAUCUCUCCAGUCAUACAGGGCACGUAUGGUAAAGGAGAAUGCAAGGCUUGGGGAGCUAUUGAACAACGAGGUUCAAGCCCGCCGCGCGAGUGAAGCAAACCAUCUAGAUGGUCUGCAGAGCAUGUGGGACAAGUUCCAGAGUACCAUGUCCGAAGAGCAAGGACUAUAA